CGACACGCCGUACGUAUGUACAGGCAACUCGAGCCUCCGAUCCUCUCUAUUCUCCUCAGUUGCCGACCGACCCGCGCCGCGAAUCGUCUUCGGAUCCUCCUUCCGAAAUUCAUCAAGACAUAAACCAGAACUUGAACAUUUCGUUAACUAAUUGGUAACAUAGUUCGUCAAUUGAUUAUCGAAAUGAAUAAAACUUAUUUUAUAAUUUAUUUUAAUUCUUUCAUUUUCGUGAACACGUGAACAUAAAAUUCUGUAUUCAUUUUUAAUAAAUUACCCAUGUUUCUGUAAUUGGUUUGAACGUGCCAAUGGAUCGUUUCAUAAAAAUUGAACACUUUUUAAAAUGACAGUGUAAGAAUUGAAUAAUAGUGCUAUCUGAUCGAAGAAUGAGCUUUAUAACAGUCGUAAUAAUCUGUGAAUAAAUAGCCAUGUGGAACCGCAAAGUGUUUAUCAGAAUUAUUGAAGUGAUACUGUGUAUCGCAUGCGUGGUGGCGCUUAGGGUGACGAAUGACGAGAGUCGAAGGGUGUUCCAUUACUUGAGGAGCCGCAGCAGGGAAUGGUCCCUCUUGAAUAAUGUCACGUGGGGUGCAAUAGGCGCCGCUCUUGCAACCGCGACCUGCGGCGGUUACAUAAUAAUCACGACGGGUCUACUGAUUGCCGCUGCUACCGGAGAGCUCAACGGUCGCAAGACGGAAAUAUUCUUCCUUGGACUCGGCGUGAUUCUCUUCGGUAUCGUCGGUGCUUUAUCUAUGGCCUCUAUCGAGAAUGUCCCCGAGGAUCUCAUAGACAAUGCAGCAGUUUUCGGAGCGCUGUGUUUAGUGACAGCGCUGAUCUUCAUCGCUGAUUUAUUAAUGAGCACGCCUAAGAAGAAGACUAGCGAGAUGAGGGAGCGUUUAACUGAUAAACGAGCUAAAAUAACGACGAUUACGAGCGAGAAAGAAUCGAAAUCGAAAGCGAGUCCGAAGACUUCUAAAAAAGACGACAAUGGCAAUGUGAAUGACGGUUUUGAAAAAGUAGAGGAACGACAGCAGAAAAGCUCACAAGCACAGUCUGAAGAAUUUCACAAAUGGGAGAAGGAUCGUCAACGUUCUAAAGAUGCGUCCAGGGAAGAGGACGUCGAAAGUUUCGACCGAGUAGAUAGGGAGCUGAAGGAGUACACGCAAAAUUUUGAGAAUGGGAGAGCUCUCAGGGACUCGCAGAUGUACCGAGACUCUGAGAUGCAGAAGUCUGAGAGAGGAUAUAAAAUGGAUCACAGGAUGGACGCUCCCACGGUGGUGUACAAGGCUCAGGAUAUUUAUCAAAGGCCAGUCGACGAAGUCGACACCCCUCGUUUCCCUACCGAUUCGAAUCGCAGGAGCGACAGCAUGUUUGCGAAGGUGAUGAAUCCUGGUGUGAGGAUCAUGAAAGUCGAACGCGAUGUGGAGGAAGCUUUCGAGGGCUACAGACACUCCGACACCAGUCAGUACGACAACGUGCCAAUUCGUAUGAGGGGGAGUCAGAAGAAAGGUCGUGACGUUUCUUUCAAUAUUCCACCGCCGCCAAAGGGUUACGAUCAGAACAAGGACGAGAUCGAGAUGCUGGAAGAGUGUUUCAGUUCUCUGCGAACAACGAGCACACAGACACCGAAUGUUCGAUCGCCAUCGUCGCCUACCGACCCAGGAUACGUCCGACACACUGUCAGUAACUGGCCGAAGGAGACGAAAACGAAAACGCCUGGCUCGAGUCCCACUCGCGAUAGGAUUUAAUGGAAUCAAUUUUUUACUGAGGAAAUUUGAACAGAAAGUCUAAGGAACAAAUUUUAUGAAACGAUUAGAUCGAUAGAUAGUCAAAUAAGGAUAAUCCUGAAAUAUUAGAAGCAAGAAUGACGUACCAAAACACGAAGUGCGAGAUAAAUUAAUAUUUUAAUUAACAUUAGAUUUUUAAUUGUACUUAUUAUUAUACAAUAUGUAUAUUUAUUUUUAUCAUGACUUAUCUUCACACUGCCUCUUUUGUACCAGUAAAUACACGUAUAUAUCUUUGAGAUCAUUUUUUAUUGGCAAUGAUGUUGGAUAGGAUUACGAAAGAAAACACAAUCCGUUUUAUAUGUAGAAACUUUUAAUAUAAAGUUUUAACACCUCCGUUCACAUCGAUACGCAUACAUACAAUUAUUAAUAAUAAUGUCUCCUUGUGAUAAACAUGUAACCGCAGCUUGUUAGUCUUCAUCAGAACGUACUCGUGAAAGAUGUUAGUCUUCAAUCAGAUUUACAUUAACUCUUGCGUCGUGUACCGUAUUGUUUCCUUUUCUUACACAUUUUAUAUAAAUAAAUCGAUUACCUUAUCAA